AUGAACGCACGGGCUCACAUCAUAUCUGAAAACCUCAAACAUCUUACCCUCUCCACAAUCCCCACACAAUUCUUUGCGCUUGAAAACCGUGCCACGGCAUUGCUCUCACACCUUGAAUCUGGUGGUACCGUUCCUGUUCGCCUUCUUGGUCAGAAUGAUGCACCCUGCGUUGUUCCCUUUCAAGUCUCCAAGGAUAUGCUUUUUGAUCCAACCUACCGCCACCUCAACCGUCUCACCGUCGAGGAGGGCAUCUCAAAGCUUCUCAGCAAUAUCACCGAUCUCCAAGAGGAUAUCGAGACACUUGCUAGCAAAACUCUUCCCAAACACUCUGACGAAUCUGGACUCGCCACUUCUGCGAAUACCAUCAAUCAAGUUCCUUGCGCCCAAUCCCUUGUGUUUUUCUCUCAAGAAUUAAACUUGACCGUAUUCAAUGCGGCCACUUCAGCCAUUUUCAAAUACUCGGAUGUUUUGGGAGGACUCUCCCCCCACAAGAUGGAAUUAAUUUUGUCAGCCCCCUCCAAUGGCACUGGGACUUACAAAGAUAAACUCGCAAAACUCACAACUAUGGAAAAUGAACUAAUUGCUGAGGUCAUCUCGACCAUGGACCCAACUCAAUUAAUUACAGACAGAAAAGAAUUUGAAGGACGAGUCAAGCGACUCUUUCAAUCCCACGGACCUUAUCGUGAUUUACGCUCUGACGUUACCAACUUGCGUGCGGAAAGGUUACGUAGCCAAGCCAUCUUCAACAUCAUUAGCAAGAAUAAACAUCAAGACGGUCAACUCGCCGCAGCUCACAGUGCGGACAACUCGCACUCUACUCUAUCAACUCAUGCCACUGCAGAGGCACGCAUCAGCAACUCAAGUAGCUCCUCCAAUGUUCCAGACCAAUUGUUGGCAUCGGUUGAUCCGCUUUUAAAACGAAGUGCCACUUGUGACAAAGGGGAUGCCAACAAGCGCACCAAGUUCUGA